AUGAAGCCCGGUCCCGCCCUCGACGUGCCCGGCCCUCACUCCCUCCCCAACCGCUUUGCCGUCCGCAACGCCGGCCGCGGCCUCAAAAUCACCGGCUCCAACUACAAAGCCCCCCUUCACUACCUCUCCAAACACUCCUCCACCCGCGACACCCUCCGCCUAUCUCUCCACACCACCUCCCACAAGAAAGACAACUCCCCCGCCCUCGUCUCCGUCCACAAGCAUCAACACCGCAAGUCAGGCUGGACAGCAACCACCCAAAUUGGCAACGUCAAAUGGACGAGCACCCCUGCCCAAGGCGCGGAAAACUACCAAAUCAUCCUCCACCGCACCAACGCCCACAACGAAACAAUCGACAUGCCCCAGACCAGUCAGGACAUCUACCAGUUCCGGAUGAGAAUUAAUACCCGAGACGAAGUAUUUGAAUGGAUUAAGGCAGAUGCCUUGACGCAAGAGAUAAGGACAAUCUGCAGGAGGGAAAACCCUAUUGUCAGUACUGGUAUGACCAGGGAGAAAUCCCCUCGGAUGGGGGCAGGGGGCGGGUAUUACCUCGUGAGGGUCACAGGACGGGGUGUCCAACCCAAGGGUAAAAAGGGGGAGGAAACACCACUCGGUUACGACAAGCAAGGCCGGGAAAUCGUCGCCUCCUGGGCGUACGCGAGGAAUUUCGGGUGGGGGAAGCCAGUGUUCUUCUUUCAAUGGUGGGGGAGCGGAGCAACGGGGGAGUUGGGACAGGACUUCACCCGGGUUGCGGCCGUGACGGGGGCGACGUUUUAUCAUGAGGAGGCGUUGAAGGCGGCGGAGAGGCAGAGGCAAAGGCAGAGGCCUAGGAAUAGACGUCACGGGGGUUUCCAUCACUAG